AUGGCUACUGGACUUAAUACUAAUGAAUGGCAAGCAGCUGGAGACCUUGAAAUUGAAGCGAUGCAAGAUCUUUAUAAAAGAAUGACAACAACUUGUCAUAAAAAAUGUGUUACACCAAGAUAUAAAGAUUCAGAAUUAACUAAAGGUGAAUCUGUAUGCAUUGAUCGAUGUGUUGCUAAAUAUAUGGAUGUUCAUGAUCGUAUUGGUAAACAUUUAACAUCAAUGACGUUACAACAGCAACCAGCAUUACAAAAUCAAGCAGCAAGUGAUCCAUCACAAGCUGUUGGAUCAUAUAAAUAA